AUGUUAGUUCAGAGGUAUUCCUACGGAGGAUUCUUAAAUUUGCAUAAGUAUCUCUCCAACGCGAACAUAAACAUAAUACAAGAAAUAAGCACGAAGAAUAGUGUCUCAAAUUUGGUAGCCAAGUUGAGGGAAUUCAGAAAGUACAAGGAAAAUGUAUAUGAGAUGUUUACCAACAGCUGUUCCAGCUUUGUUGAGAAGCUGUACACAGAAACCUACCUUAACAUAGACAAAUCGUUAAUGCAGAUAAACGAACUUUUAAUAAAAGAGGUGAAGUAUCUGUUGCUGACCAAGAGUGAUAUGAUCACAGACGAAGCGAAAGUGAAAGAAGAAAAUUUUAAAAAAAAUUUGGUGGAUAAAUUGUAUGACGAAUUUCUACAGCAAGAAAAAUCAGAGAAAGAUGAAAAUACUUUACUGUACUUCAACAAAAUCAACAUGGCUCAUAAAUUCAGAAAAUUUCUUAACCUCUACUCAAUUGAUGAUCCUGAGGCCAGCGAAAUUAUUCUGAGUUUGAUACAAAUUGACACGUCCAAAGUAAGGGUAGAUCACAAGUCGGUGCUUAAAAGUUUUGAUGAUAUUUUAAAUUCCUCCAAACCUCACGUUUUUCUGAAAUCCUUUUUUAGUGGAAAUGAACAAGUCAUUAAUGAUUCCUUCUUGAGGACCUACUGGAUGUGUCUAAAAAAUUUGCACCAAUAUUUUAGGUCGUAUAAUUCUCACGUAUUGUCAAUACUAGGGGAGGAUUUCAAAAAUGUGAUUUUCAAAUAUUUAGACGAUGUUAUAUGCAACAAUAAUGAGAAAAUAAUUCACAACGAUCAGGCAAAUUACUUCUUAAACAUACACCAUUUUUUUGACACCUUCAUAACUCUCAUCAUAUCCAAGGUACACAACUCCAAGGUUACCAUUUUAAACGAAAAUGGUAUUCUUAUAUCCAUCCGCAUAAAUACUCUCCCCGAUAAAACUAUUCAGCUUGUUUCUACCAAAUAUUAUUCCGGUACUCUCAUACCGCAUAGAGUUUUUGACGAUGUUACUUACCUCUUGGUGCAUGAGGAUUUUCCCAUUUUGGAGCACCUCCAAAAUUUUGAAAUCACCUCUAUUAAUGCGGACGGCGCGUCGGUCAAUUCUUCUGACAAUAAGUACACCCUCAUGAACGAAAGUAUGAAAAUUUUUUCCGUGACGUCCCAAGAGAAUGAGGAAAUUAAAAAAUGCAUUAAGGAGGAGGUGCACCAAACUUCGAAGAAAAAAGAAAGGACGAACAGCAGAUACUACAAAUCAGUGGGGGAUAUUCUAGCCGCAUAUAAUGGACGAAAAAAUAUCACGGAGAAUGACAUUUACCUGUUGUUGCUUAACAUGAUUAGAGGUAAUUUGACCAACCUAAGUCUCCUAUUUUCACUAGAAAUAAUUAAUUACCUCGAUGAAUACUGUGAGGAUGUGGAGUUGGAAGACGAGGAGUUAGUAGACAUAGAUUCUGGCGAUGAUAAUAAGAAGGAAAGAAAAAAUAGAACAUACAACAACGAUUUCGGUUACAACUUCCCCAAUUCGGAUAAGCAUGAAUUGGAAGAAGACAACUUGUAUAUCGGUUCGAUGGAAAAUAUAUCCUACAAUCAAUUUUAUGAAAACCCCAAGUUGAAGGUUCUAUACGACUCAAUCUCUAACAUUAGUGGAUCUGCCAAUGCAGAUGUGAGCAACUUAAAGGGGACUACUACCAUACCGACUUUAUCUUCAGACGAAAUGAAUUUUAAAAUGAUGUCUUCUCUCCAUUCUUCCAAUUAUAAUGCAUCCCAUCCGGACAUGAAAAAAAUGUUUUCUCCGUAUGAAGAAUCACAUGGUACAUCCCUUCCCAACUUAUCCUCCUUGUCGAGUAUCACACAAGGUAGCUCUCGCGAAAACAUGUCUGAUUCCACUGUAGAUGCUUCCGAUUUGAGCAGAAGUUCAUCAAGUCUAUCUCUUAAUUCAUCGCCCGAUUUUCCCACUACUAAUAUGGUCGAGUGGGCCACAGACAGUGCAAGGAAGACGGUGUCCAAUGAGGGACUCGAACAAGAUGGGGAGUACCUAUCUGACUGGAGUAUGCAAGAUGAGGAUGAAAAUAAUGCAGGAGAAAGUAAAAGCGCUGGAAGCAGCUUUCCUUCUUCUGUCUCAGGUAUCGGGUCUUCCCUCUCUGGGGAAACCACACCAUCCGAGCAGAUCGACUACACAACGGCGGGUUCAUCCACGGAUAGUUUUCACAAUGAAGUGAAGGAGGAACAAUUGGCAGAUAAAGCAACUAGUAAUUUUCAUCCUAUGUUGAACGUAUCUGAGAAUCGCACAAUGAGCAAUACUACAGAAAGCCUUACAGAAGGGGAAGAUCCAUAUGAUUCAAAAAAUGGCUUAAAUUGGAAAGACGCGGAAAAAUUUUCCACCCAUAAUAUAUCCAACUUGCGGAGCGAUAAAAAUAAUGACAGCACAAAUGAACAGGAAAAUUACGAACGAAACAAUAAAGAAAUAACAAGCAGCGCAUGGUACCUGAGAUCCAUCUGUAGAAAGAAAAAAAUUAUGGAAAAAGAAAAAUUAAAAAGUGUGAAGGAAUUAAGAAACGACUUGCUACGAACAAAGUACAGUGUUUUUAAUAAAAUUGUAUUAUUUCUUAAUGAAGCAAAUUUAAAAAAUAUAUUCGAAUCAACCUUCUUCGAUUCGAUUCAAAUGAAAAAUGCUAUCAUCAGGAUCAUGUCUUCCUACGAGAUAGAUAAUCUUACAAAUAUUUUAAAUGUCAAUAUGAGUGAUUUAAAUAACCACUUUUUCCACUUGCGCAAUAUUUAUCUAAAUAAAGAAAAAAUUUUAUCCUUCUUCAAUUUGAACACAAGUCAAAAUGUCUUUAGCAAAAUUGAGAGCAAGUUUUAUUCUGUCUUUACCACCGUAUGGUUCCAUUAUACAAAUUACUUGUUUAAAAUUCUGGACAUUUUUGGAGUUUCCGAACUGCGCCUGCUUUCAAGCAUGUAUCAUUCUCUGGUUGUGAGGAACAAAGAUGAAAAUCACCUGAGUCUCUUAAACUAUUUUGGUUUCACAGAUGUAUUCAUGGUUUAUUUAUUACUCAUACGCUUGAGGAGAAAUGUGUACUACAUUAACCAGAAUAAGGCUUUCCAUGUUCACAACGGGUCUUCCUUAAAAGUGGACCCCCUGUACAUUGCCCGUGGCAACAACGGCUACUUCUAUGUCUUCAAGAAUAAUUGCGGCGUUAAAAUUUUGAGCAGCAACUUGGAUAACAAGAACAAAAUUGACGCGGGCUUCGGUCUCCAUUUUUACGUGAUUAAGAACAUUGACAAAUCCAUCUUCAGCGCCAACCACUGGACCGAAUACGACUUGGAGGGCGAAACGAAACUCUCGCUAGCCAAGAAAAGCAUCUCCUCCCUCCUAGAAUCAAUUGACCACGGAAGCAUAUACUACAAUAUAAACGACAACAAAGACACGCAGAAGUACUCCUUCCUCAGCAUUUAUAGAAACGAAAACGCUAGCAACAUUAACGACUUGCCGGCCCUCAUUACCGCCAUCAUAUGUGGACAAUUAUAUGAUAUAAACUUAGUGAAGGAGUGUAUAAGGAAGGACGAAGUUUUUUUCUCUUUCACAAAUAAAAUGAACUCCAUCGUCUACAACUUCUACAACAACAGUACCAGUUUUAAGAAUGUCACCUUUAUAUCCUCCAAGCAGUCCUAUGAAAAUGCAUUCAGCGAUUUUUAUAAUAACGAAAAGAUACUCCUCGGGGCAUUGCUCCUCUACCUGGACGGAAUGAAGCAAGACGUGGCCCGAUUAUCCACCGAAAACGAAAUAAGAUACAACUUUUCAUUCGUGUACAACCUUAUCAAAAUGCAUAUUCUGAAGAAAUCUGUGUCCACCUACAAGACACAGUCCCAGUUGUAUGCCCUGGAGGAAAUCAUGUUUAAAUAUAAACUCUACAGCGAGAAAAUAGCCAAUGCUCUUACUCUCCUCAACGACCUGAACAGGGGAAACUCAGAACUCAUCGAAAUUUUGGACACGAUGUCCCUAAUUUUCUAUCGCAUGAAGGUGGAGGACCUAGGUCAUGCCAUAGGGCAAGGUAUCCCAGAAGUACAUGCAGAAAUACUUAUCCUUGAUCUAAUGGAUGUAAUAAAUAUAGUAGCCUUUUUUCAUAAAGUACUUAAUAAAAUAGAAACUGUGAGGGAACUGGAAGACCUAAUAGACAAGGAGAAGGUGAUCAAACUUCACAUCGAGGAAAUCAUACAAGUGGUGAAAAAUAUUUUUGAAAGUUACGACAACUACUACUACGACAUCAUAGGGGAUGAUAUAAAAAACACUAUUAAGGAGACUUUGCUAAAAAAAAUGAAAAACUUAUUCAUAAAUUAUAAAAGGUUUAUUAAUGAAGAGAGUAAAAAGUUGUCGUCCAAGUUUAUCAAGAAUUUAACAAAAAAAAAAUCAUUUUUUCUAUUUGAAGGACCAGUUACGUACAAUUUUCCCAUAGAUAUAUCCUACGGUAAGGUGAAGAAUUUCGAGCAAAUAUUUUUCCUAGACUUGAUAGAGUACUCUUACUCGGACUACACCAGUUCUCACCUGAAGUAUGCGCACGAGAAGGACGAGGACGAAGGAAAUAACAGCAUGUCUAAAUUGAUUGAACGGGUGAAGAAGAUAAGUUUGCUAUACCACGCGUUUGACAUUCCGAAGGAAUACAAUGAGAAACUUUUCGACCACAUCUUCGAGUUCUCUCAAAAGGGAUCCGUCAAUAAGUCCUUUGUUCAGCGAAGCAAGCUUUGGGGGAGAGAUGUAACGGAGGAGAGCUACACGAAGCUAUGCAUAGUAAACCUGCAGAGGCGGCUGAGGUACUACUUCGAAAGCAGCCGCAUACACAAGCUUGUGGACUUCAUGCUGAAAUACAAUGAAAUAAAAAUCGGAAUCAAGAAGCCAGUGAAGGAAGGAAAAGGGAGCACCAAUUUGUACCUCUGCAUAAAAGACCAGUGGUUCUACAAACACAGUUUCCAGAACAUGAAAUCAUACCUAUCAAAUAUUAGAAUGAAAUUUAACUUUAACGUAGAGGACAUAAAAAUGUGUGCUAAGCAUAAUAGUGGCUACCCACACCUGAAUACUUUAACACAUGCUAUGCUAAAUAUACUGGCAUACGAGCUACAUAACAUUUUCAAUAAGGCGGAAAAGUUCGAUUCCAUGUUUUCACUCAUGAAUGUGAAAAAUACAGACAUUUCCAGUAAACUGAUAUUCCAAAUUAACAAUGUCCUGAACAUGAAGCAGAAAAUUUGCAUCUUUUACUACUCCAAGAAUACCUUACUUCACGUUACGGAGAUCCUGAGUCAACAUUUUAAAGAGAGAAUUAUUUACAUGUCUGACAACAUGAAGGGAGGGUAUGACGUGUAUUCAUUUAAUCCAGCGCGGAAGGAAGGUGGCAACAAAAUAAUUAUACUUAAAGAAGGGCACACUUUUAAAGUGUACAACCACAGCAGUACCUUAUUCAGUCAUGAAAUGCACCACUUGCGGGACACAUCGACGCUCCACAUAUACUACGAAGAGUUGGUGAAGUUGAAGAAGUACCUGGAGGCGCUGGAGAGCGAAUACACAGAUAAUCCGAACACGUCGGUGGAGGAUAUCCACACGGCCAUUCGGGGUCACAACACGGAAAAGAACUACACGAACAUACAGCAGAUGAUUCUAACCCUGAUAGAGCGAAAGGAUGUCGGGAACAGGAAGAAGGUGAUUCUUCGAAAUAUAAUUGACUUAGACAUAGUCAAGCACAGAAACAAGAGAGUAAAGAAUAACUACCUGCACCUGCUGUACCUGGAGGUAUUCUCUCUUUUCGGAUUUGGUCCCUACAGCGAUUUAGAUAACUUAUUGAAGGACCUCUUUCUAUGCGAUAAGGGUCUCCUAGAAUGGUUUCAGUUAUCUCUUUCGGAGGUGAGAAAGGGUGCAAAUGAUGAAGACAACUACAGCAAACUACGUAUGUUCGUUUCUGCACUAAGGUAUAUGAUAAAAAAGCUAGACAACAUAUUAUCGAAAAAUAUGCUAGAGAAACAUGAACUGGAAAAUGCUAUAGAAUUUUUUAAAAAGAAAAAAGACGAUAUAAUACCAUUUGAUUUUGAGAAUUUCAUUCCCCAUUUUUUAAAAAAAAAAAAAAAAAAAUUAAAGUACAACACUUUUGGAAAUAAAAUCGAAGAGUUUAAAAUUGACGAAAAAGUCAAGGAUCAAAUAUUGGCAGAAAUAGAACAGUACAAAUUUUCCAUCCCAUCGGAUAAUAUGAAGCCUUACUACUUCAUUUCGCUCAUUGGUUUGGGUUAUUCCUAUAUACAGAAGUUUAACGAAUUGAAGUUGGGCCUACACUCCUCAGUUUCCUCCAGCAAUGUUAUCACACUCAGUAAGUUGUUCAACUUAUUCUACGUGAACGAACUGACGGAUGUGAUAAAUUUGAUCGUUCAAAUUAUUAUGAAUGUUUAUAUGAAUUUUUUUUACAAGAGCAAAAAUUUUAUCAAGGAUCAAAAUAUAAAUCUAACUAAGGAGAAGAAGAAACGCUUUGGGGAAAUGAUUCUAUCAAAGGAAAGUGUAAACAUUGAUCCGCUAGACACGACAAAAGAUCAAUCGAGUAACGAGAGCACAGAAAAACUGAACAAUAGUACGGAAUCCUUCACCGUUCAUGAAUAUUACAUAAACUAUGUAAUAAAAAAUGCUUAUGAUUUUUUUUACACCGUGUUCAAGUGCUCAGAUGAUAAUCCCUGCUUCGUCGAAAAGGGCGAAUCUGCAGAAGAGACGGUGAAAAAGUACCUUAGGGAAAAUUCCUUUAACCAAAAUAUGAUUUGGCUCAUACCUAUCCUUUCAAAUCAUUUUAGAAGCUCUAUAAGCAUCCUGUACAUGAAUGACAAAGACAUUCGUUUGUAUAAGUACCAGGAUGAUAGCGCCAUGAAGUUUAGUAUUCAAAUUUUGGUACAAGAGGGGGAAAUGUUCCUUGUCCUACCGACAUACUUCAUACACAUGAACAUUUUGAGCAUCAUAACAAACACAUUGAUAAAGAACGAAAAUGAUGCCACACAUAAUGAACGAUCGCUCUCACCCUUAUACUCCAAAGUGUCAGGGUGUGUGCUUAUUCUGGAUGAAUCCAUCAAAAGUACGAUAAAUUCGGACAAUUAUUAUAAAACCUAUUUUGAAAUUAUCGAAGAAAAGAUAAACCUUUUUUUGCAGAAAAAAAUGCAUAUAUAUAGCUUGCUUGUAUCCAUAAAGGAAGACAUCCUAAACUUUAAAUACUUUAUAUACUACGAAAAUUUUGUGAAAUUUUUGAAGCUGAUGGAUUAUUUUAUAUCAGUGCUCAACUCGAAACUGCAACUCAACGUGGACUUCACCUUCGAGGACAUCUUCAACUCGCCGAACACUCUCGUCAAGCACUCCAUCAACAAUAUUAUAAACUUCAUUGUGAAAGAUAAUUACAAAAUUUUCGGCACAGAAAUUAAAAGGUUUUACACCAAUAUAUUUAAAAUCCAUGUUCACGAGAGGUAUCAGUCCAGUUCAUUCCUUCGGUUGUUAGACUUCCUCCUCAGCAACAUAAAGACAGAAAUAGACACCCAGAAUAAGCAGAUAGAAAUGUCCUUCAAUUUUAUCGAAAAUAUGCGGAAAAGAAACUAUGUGCAGAAUUUGAAAACUCUUGAAUCCCUCAUCAUAUGCGAACAGGUGAAGAUAAUUUCAAACAUAAUGAAGUAUAUAGAGAUAAACCUAGACAACAUUAUCAACCACAUUGUAUAUAAAUCGGAGAAGAUUAUUGUAGAACACGAAAUGAUCAAUAAGGUGCAGAUAAUUCAUGAUUGUUGCCUAAAGUACGACUUUAACGAAUUGGGAGCGACUGAAUUGACGAAGAAAUAUUUCAAAGAGUUGGAAGAAAAAAAUAUUAAAAUUUCAAAUUACAGCAAAAUUUUACAGAAGCUAUCCGAUGAGGAAUUAGACUACGAAGAUUGGUAUUCAAUUGCAUCGAAAAUUCAGGUGGACUAUUUUAAGAAGAACGAAUUGGUUUAUUUUAAAUUUUUGAAAGAAUCCACCUUUUGGAAACACGGGGCUAAAUAUGUAACCGAAGAAAUUGUGCAGAAGAAACUUAAGGAAAAUAAGCUGUACAUCGAGGAGAAAGACGUAAAGUUGCUUAGCAAUAACAAGGUAACAUAUAGCGAAUAUAAGGAUCUCCUAUUUGAUGUAAAGAUUAUCAGCAUGACGGAGAAGGACUUGGACGCAAUGCUCGUAAACAGAGAGCAGUACGCUAUAUCCAUCGUGUGGAAAUUUUUCAACACUGAAAUUUGCGUUAACGGUAACGACAUUCCUUUUGAGGAUAUCUAUGCCAAGCUGAAAAAUUAUAGAAAGGAUUUAAACUACCUUUCACUGUUAAAGAAGGAAGAUGUGUACAAUUUGUUCAAUGCUAUUGUUAUAUUCCAUCGUCUUGUGGAAUCAAUUGAUGAGCAAACAUUUAACAAGUACAAAAGCUACAGAAUUACGAACAUCCUUUUUGAUGAGCUAAUGAAGAGGGGGGUAUAUAUAUCUGGAGAUUCCCUCAUAACUAAGGAAUAUAUCGAAUCUAUAUUUAAUUACGAUAUGUGGAGGAGGGACAUUAAGCAUGUAAAGGUUAGUAACAUUUUGAUAAGGUCUUUGGUUCCGACAAAGUAUAUUAAUUAUUAUUCUACUGCACCCAUUUUUAAGAUUCUUCGAUUUUUCGUAAAUUCAAAGCUAAACGUACGCCUGGUUAAUGUAUUUUCCUACGUAAUAUACAACAUACUAAAAUUGGGGAACGCCAAAGAUGAUAUCUUCAAGAUAAUUAUGACUGAGGGACUUCUUCUAGGAAGUUUGGAUGUAAUAAAACUUAUCUUAAUAAAACUUAAUAUAUCCCUAGACGGAUUAACAACCGCCUUCACGGCGCUGCUGACAAAUAUGUAUUUCGUGCUUGAGUAUGGAGUGGUGCAAGACAUCAUAGAAAGCAUAGACUACCGCAGGAUGUUCUCAAACCUCUUUUUCUUACUGCACAACUUAGUGGAGGAAUUUUACUUCAAGGCCAUAUUAAACUUCCUUCUGGAAUAUCCAUUUAUAGUAGAUUUUAUAAAAAAAAAUGAAGAGAAAAUUAAAGAAAUUUUGAUAAAUUUUAAAAGAUUCUUCCUCCUAAACUUUGGCACAUAUGUUAAUUUUUUUCAGCACCUCUACGAUAGUAUUGAAACUAAAUUCUUGACAUACAUUAAAUAUUACGCCACAAAAAUUUUAAACAACUUUUUACCUUUCUCAUCAGACUUGAUUGAAAAAAUUACACAAAUAGAGAUGCAGAGGAUAAGUCUACUGGAAUUUAUUUCCUUCAGAGAUGAAGAGAGCAUCAUCCCCAUCUACCAAAAUAUUAUAGCUGUUCUACAGGAUGAAGAUUUUAUGGUUGACCUUAGAAUUUCGACAAUUAAUAAGCAUAAGGAGUAUUUCUCAAGCGAAAAAAAUUUGAAGAUUUCAGAGGCGGAAUUUCUAGACGCCUUAUAUAAUAAGUACCAAGAGUUGUAUCAAUCAAAUGGACCUUCUCACUCAGGAUUGAGUAAAGCGACUACUUCGAAGGCUGUUCCUUCCAAGGUGAAAAGGUCAUCCUUUCUUCAGAAGAAGACCUUACAUUUGAAGAAGAAGAAUAAUAAAAGACUACUCAAAGGGGCACAAAGCAGGUUUGGCAACGUUCCUCCCCCCUUGGUAAAUCAUCUACCCGGAGAUAACACAUCCACUACGGAUGGAUCCGCGUCGACGAUGGAUGCUAAAAAAGUAGUUAAUUUCUCCCUUUGGGAUAACCCCCUCAAGGGAAACCCCUCCAAUGGUAGGCUUAGCCACAUUUUCACGAACAAGAAAUGGACUCGAAGUUCCAAAUCGGAGAAGGGGGAGCAGAAUAAGACAGAUGUACCUGGAUCAGCUACAGGGGAAAAGGAGCAACACAAGAAAAAAAAAAAAAUGAACGAGGAAAAUAAAUCAAAGGAAUCAUUCACAAACAUGAGAACUGAUCAUACACAAAAUAUAUCCGAGGCGUCUUUCUUCGAAAAGAAAAACAAAAACACGGUUAAAAAUUACUAUCUUAUCGAAUCUAAUAGGUACAGAACCCUGAGCUGUUUGGAGAAAAUGUUCCUUCAUUCCUUCGAUAGUAAUUCUAACUUUGGAGAAAAUAAAACCAAAAUAUGCAGCUCACUGUAUAGCCAGAAUUGGACGAAAAAGCUGCGAAGCGUGUCCAUGAAGAAGCUAAGUAACAAGAGUGUAUACACUUAUGGGUAUACACACGACCUGAUCUUGUCGACAAAAGUGAAAGGAGAAAAAUGUGAAGUGCAUUUCAAGCUGAAUAUUGCACAUGAUAAUAAGCAAAGCCUGAAAAACCAAAAAUAUAAAAACGCAAUUGUGGACUUCAACAUUUUUAGAGAGAACAACGAAUUGUGCUUCCUAAUUGUUAAUAGCAGAAAAAGUAGGGACAAAAACGUGUUUGUAUGCUACCAUGCUGAGAUGGUCCCGUUUUAUCGAACCUACGAUCUUUCUAAUUACCUGAAUGAUGUAUUUUCUGAUGUUGAUUCAGACAGUAGGAACAGAAUGAAUGAGGAAAACCAAGAGGCAAAUGAGAAGGACAAGAUAAACACGAAUGAAAUGUACAAAUAUCCAUUCAACAUUAUCGCAAGUGAGGAAGCUGGAGAAUCAAAUGAGGGGCGUAAGGACAUUGAAACAAGGGGGAUCAAUUCGGACGAAUCGCCACAUGUAGAAGGAUUCAGAGGAGGUGAAAAGAAAGGAAGAAAAAAAACCACUGAUAAAAGUCCCCAAGGUAAAAAAAAGGAUAUGAAGGAUGAAUAUUCCACGCCGUUUAAGAAUGACCAGUUGUCGGUCAAAAUCAACACAAGUAGAAAAAAAAUUGGUGCAUUAACCAACACAUUCAACGACACGUUUAAAAAUAUUAGAAGCGGAAUUAACAAAAUCAAGGAUAAAGUGAAGGGUAAAAGAAAAGGGGAAGAGGAAAUAGACGAUUCGAAUGACAACAUAGGGAAAAUUAAAGAUGCACUGAAAUAUUUAACGGAGAAAAAAAUAAUAAAUCAGCUCCUGGAAUUUGAAUAUUUCCAUUCAACCAGGUGGAACUCUAACAUUUUUAGCGUCACCAUAGAUAACAUGAAAGGAAGCAAUGAAAAUAUCAUGUUGGUUCUGGAGGUAGGGGAUUAUAACUUAAAGACCUACUACGAGGUAGAUAUCAAGAACGUUCCUAAUGUGCAGGCCUUGCAGAAGUUAGAUUAUUUCAUCAAGAAAAGUAAUGUCACGGAUAUGAUUGCACAGAGGCUGAAAAAGUACACCAAGCUUAACUUCAUUUUGAAGCACAUUUUUAGGUUUAACCAUGAAAUUAAGAAUGUCUCUUAUAUCAGGUCAAAGGUCGCUGCGGAGAAUGUGGCGGAACCUACAGGAAGUUCUCAGUCAGGUAAGGAGAAUCACCAUAGUGGAAGUCUCACUUCAGAUAAGCAUCUGAAAGGAGACGGAAGCGACGAAAAUGAUGAAGAUGAUGAUGACUCCGAUGAGGGGGAGGAUAGGGAAGUAGACGUAAAGGAAAAAAGUGUUCAUGGACGGGACUCAGAGCAGCCAUUCCAGGAGUACAUAAAAUUCACCUGGUACAAGGAACACAAGAAAGAGCGAGUAGAAGCCAUCUUAGCAGUGAAGGCAAUUAACCCAUUGAAUCUAAAAAACCAUAAUAGCGAAAUUUUAUGUGAAACAGAUUUGGACAUAAGAAAUGUGUUUAAGGUGUUUAAACCACGGAAAAAGGUUGAAGGGAGUGAAGGGGAAGGAAUGGAAAUAAAUGAAGAUGAGACAGAAGGAGGGAUGGAACAGUCAAAGGAGAACACAGCUGCAGAAACAACCGUAAAAAAAUUCACAUCAGAAUUGAUAUCCAAAACAGAUGUAGAACAAAGGAGGGACAAAACGAAGGAAAAAUUCUUCACCGAUUAUGCUACAUAUUUCAGUAAGAUUUAUCCCCUGACCGAUGAAGAAAAUUACUUCAUAAAAACGAGGAUGCAGAAGAAUUGUGCCUUACUCAAGUACAGACUUAUCCUUCUAUCCGUCAUCAUAAUCAAAAGCAAUAAUUUGAGCAACCUGAAAAAGAUGAGUAGCCUCAGCAACCAAUAUUUGAGGGACAAUUACAGGGACUACAAAAAUAUUGAAUUUCAUCAAAAUAAAUUGUUUCGAAAAAAAUAUGUGUACAUAGACAACAAGCACUACAUAAUUAAAAAAAAAUUGGAGUGCCUGAUAGGGUUGGAUUUUUACAAAAGUUUAAGGACUUCUCUUGAGAAGAAAAACAUAUUGCAAAACUUUCUGGAAGACCUUACCGUGGAGAUAUCCAACAUUAACAGGUUCUUCUACAAGUAUUACUACAAUGAUAAUUCGAACAUACACUCAUCUAGCUUCUAUCUGGAUAAGCUGAAAAAUAUUAAGUUUCUAUGUCCCGUGAUAUACGAUUUGAAGAACAAGGAAAAAAUUGACAUAACGGAUACGUCCAAGGUGGACACAUCUAUCAAGCUCCCAAACACAAAGGAAGUAGAAAAUGAAAUAGAGCAGUGCGAAAGGAGAGUCGGUUUCUACGGAAGUAACAUUCUCUCCUUUGGAAAGGAGUUAGACGACUCGAUAGGUAAAAAAAGAAUCGAAAAUAUAGCCAUGUUUUCCUAUGAAUGUGAAAAGUCCAUUUUUAAUGAAAAAAAUUUAAGUGAACUGGAUGAAUAUCACAGAAACUUUUGCGUCAAUGUGUUUGAAAAUGAGUUGGAAGAACGGGAUGAACAAUUUAGACCCAAUACGGAAUGGAUCGAUAUGCUCUAUAAUACCUUUUCCUCCAAAAAGAAUCAUAACUAUACAGGAAAAAACUUCUCAGAAAUUAGAUGCUUUGGAUUUGCUGAUAGGGAUGAAUUGAAAGAAUACCAAAAGAAGAAAGAAGCCAAGUGUAAAGUUACCAUCCUUAAUAGAACCCUCAAUGUGCUCCAACAAUUUAUGGACAAAUAUUACGCAAUAAAAAAGGAUGGAAUAAAUAACGGAAACGCGUACAACGUGUAUGCUCUGUUUAAAAAUAUCUACACAGUAAUGAUAUACAAACUGAUGUACGAAAGUAGGCCAUUCAAACCUUUGCGUGUUCAACAGAAAUUGAGUUUUGUCGGAAACAAAUACACCAAGUUGUUAUAUAAAAAGGAGAAUUACUCAAAAUUCUUGAAGAACAUGUUGGACAAGAGCAGUACGUUGUAUCUCGAAAUCGAGUUGCUUUACAAUGAGCAUGUUUUCCUUAGGAACAUUUCCUUCCCGUUGGAAUCCGUGGAUAUUCUUAUGUUUAACCACAAGCCAUUUAGUGAUGAAGCCUACGGUUAUAGACUGUUAGCUAACCCAAAUGAAAAUAUAAACGAAGGAGAGGAAAACACCAAAGUGUACUCUUUUUUUGUUCUCAUUCUAUUAGGUUAUUAUCCAGAGAUUCAAAAGUCUCUUCUAGAAGUGGCAGAAAAUUCAGACCUGAUUUAUAAACUGCUAGAUAUUAAUGUAGAAGAAGUGAGGAGAAUUAUUGAGGCCAAUGAAAAUGGAAACGAUCAGGAAAAUGGAAGGAACGGAUCACCAUCCUCCUCUUGGGGGUCAACAAGUUUGGAUAAUGGAACUUCAUCCAAUUUAAAUCAGAUGGAUAGAAGUCAAUCCGGAUUUGCUGACAAACUUGCCAACCCCCUUGGAACUUUAUACAAUUUUAUUUUUAGCAAAACGGAGGAUGCCAAUUCUGGGAGCAGUAAUACCUCUACUUCAUCUAUGGUCGAUAGUGCAUGGAGUUCUCCUUGGUUUUCUUUGGAGUAUCCAUCCGUGUCCCCAACUGGGGAUCCCACUUCUACAUCUAACGAGGCAUCUUCUACCCCCUCAUCGAUCAACACGUACGAAAUUAAUGACUUUACCUGGAUGGAGAAGGAACAAAUAGACAGCGUCAAGAGGCUAAUCGUGCAACACGAACUUGUGGACUACUUCAUAAAAGGAAUCAAAUUGAUGAACCUGAAUAGCUACCUCAGAAGCGAUAACUACUUAGAUGCAUUCAAGAAAGCUCUUAAUGAUGAGCUGAAGAAGAAAAAUUUCUAUCACCACUUUAUUAAGACAUCCCCCCUGUUCCACUUUGACUUUUAUAAAGUGCACCACUUGUUGCUCUUCGCUUUUUAUUAUGCAUUCUCGGAUAUUAUAAGGACGAGAAGACAGUACGUGAACCUAGAGUCCAGCAUAAAUAGAAUCAUUGAUAACAAUAAGUCUGUAUAUAUUUACAGAACCCAGACAUACAAAAAUUUCAACUUGGAUCCUGAAAAGAGAGGUAGUCUAAAUAAGGAUCAUGAAGAAAUUGCAAAAUUUAUUUACAACAGAGCUAUACAAUACCGAUACAUCAACAGAGAGAAGUCUGAGCAUGUUCUCUUCACAUUUAGUGCAGAACAAAUAGAUGAACUAAUGAUAAUUUUAAAUAAUAAAAAAAAACAAAUAUAUACUGCUAAUGAUUUGGAAGAAAUUACCGCCUUUGUAGAAGUCAUGGUUGAAAAUUAUAUUUACAUUUUAAAUAAUUACCCUUCCAAUUUUAGCAUAAGUAAACAUUCGUCUUUUUAUAAAAAUUUUAUCAGAAAUGCCAAACAGUACUUUUUUUCCUACAACAAGAAAAAUAAUUUGCUUUACAUUAUCAACCAGAGAGAUGUUAACUACAAUAUCCAGACUAUUAAGCAUCUUAAUGAAAAAUCUACCGUAAUUAACUUGAUCAAGUCUGUCCUAGAAUUUGUCUUCUUGGCUUCCACCAGAUCGUAUACAGUCGACAGAGCCAUCAAGGAAAUCAUAAGUAUUAAUGAGCAACCCACUCUCAAAAGGGGACCUCACAUGAAGCACUUUAAAAAGGUGAAUAUUCUUCCAGGAAAGUAUCACCGCUACGCUUUUCUGCAAAGCACCAAUGGAUCUAAAACUCUGGAUAAAACAAAAUUCCAUACGGCAAAUCCCACCCUUGUGAAAAUGGAACUCCAUACUGAAGAGGAUAACCUAGACACCACUCCGAUCAAUUUAAUGAAAAAAAGUGACAAACGAAGUGGCUGUUGUAGAUGCUGUAAGAAAAAAUGUCUAACUAUACACAAAAGGAAUAAUCCCAAUAUGCGCAUGAACAAUUACCCCAUGGUUUCAGGAGUCAAGGAAAAAAGAGGCGUGUGCGGACCGCCUUGCAAACUUAAGGGGAAUUUUAUGGAAGCUACUCCAAAGGUAACAAUUGUAAACCCAAAGAAGGGUGGAACGCCAGGGAAGAGGCUACCUUGGAAUAAUGCGAUACAUACAUUUUGUGACAAAAAGGGGAGGAAAAUUAUUUACAUGGGUAAUCGGGAGGAAGUGGAGAAGAGGCCCUUCCAAUUGGGUUGCGCAAAAAGGGGAGACACUCACAAUUACGCUUCGGUUCGCAGUCCCAGAGUUUGCCUGAAAGGAGCAACUUGCAAUGAUGAAGUGGAUCAUGGUGGCGAAUACUACGGUGAAGUGGAGUAUGGUGAUGACUACUAUGGUGAAGUGGAGAAUGGUAGUGACUACUACGGUCAAGUGGAGAAUGGUAGUGACUACAACGGUCAAGUGGAGAAUGGUAGUGACUACAACGGUCAAGUGGAGAAUGGUAGUGACUACAACGGUCAAGUGUGUCAUGAUGAGGAGCACAAAACCCAAUUGCCAGACACCCUAGCAAUUGCCAGAGCCAUAGAAUACAAUUUCACCGAACAUGAACAUAAUAAAGACUCAGACAGCAGCAUCCUGGAGAGCCUCUUUGGAAGCAGAAUGAAUAAUAUGUAUUCGAAAUUAAAAGGAGGAGUGUUUUCCUUCGCUUUCUCCCAUGGUUUCGAUUUCUUUUUACGAAAUAGUCUCUACUUUUACAAGAAAAAUUUAAUCUCGAGGUAUAUAACACAUUAUGCAAAGACUAACGUAGUGCAGAGCUUGGAUAUGCUCUUCCUAAUUGUGAGGGAUCAUGAGUUGAAGACAUCCAUCACCAAUACAUAUUCAAUCAAGCACAAUUUGUUCGAUAUAUGCUUAUUUAAUUUCCAGAAUUUAUCCAUAUCACUUAAAAAUAUACUUAACAUGAUCGAUGAAGACAAAAUAGAGAAAAUACUUUCCUACGUCAUUGCCGAGAUCCAUAUGAGGUAUACGGGUAAUGCUCGCUUCAUAGAAAAUAUGAUUAAGAAUUUAAAUAAUGCCUUGUCGAAGAAUAUCACUUUGAAAAAAUUAUUUGGAAAUUUUAUUUCUUACCUCACUAUUUCGUCUAUACAAACUAUUCAGUUGUAUUUUCACUCCAGAUAUAAAAAGAAGUUACUAAAGAUGAUUAUAACUAUAAUGAAUAAAAUUUCAGGUACGAUUUCGAAUGUUUUCGGGGAACCCUUUUUCCAGUCCUACAUGUGCAUGCAUUUGAUAAAGUUGGGUGAGUCCUUCAUAAGGGAGUUUAACGCCGAAAACACCGUGUACCGGUUUUUUAUGGAUGUCGGCGAGAUUAACUUUAUCGACAUUAUCAUUUCCUAUGCAUAUAAGUAUUUCCCCAAGGCCGUUCACGACUUCAUGGGGAACUAA